AUGCAGACGAUCAUCAACCAGCUAAACCCGGCCAGAAGCCUGAGCAGACUCCAGCUGCUAGCCUCCUCCACCGGCACCGCUCACUGCCUGUCUCGAUCGAGCGCUCUUGGCCGAGGAUUUGCAAGCUCGAGUCUGGCGAGACAAUCCGAGCAGGCCGAUAAACGACCGGUGUUCUUUAAAGUCUCGGCUGGCGGCAAGGCGCUUGGAACAAUCAAAUUCAAACUGUACGAUGAGGAGGUGCCCAAGACGGCCAAGAACUUUCGGGAAUUGUGCAAAGGGUUCCCGAAUCCGGAGAAUACGACGAACGGGAUUGACUGUUAUAAGGGCGGCAAGUUCCACCGAAUCAUCCCCUCCUUCAUGAUCCAAGGCGGUGAUAUCACUCGUCAUAAUGGCUCCGGCGGUCGAUCUAUUUACGGCAACAGGUUUAAUGAUGAAAACUUUAUUCAUAAGCACUCCAAACCAGGGUUGUUAUCGAUGGCCAAUGCUGGCGCGAACACCAAUGGAUCUCAGUUCUUCAUCACAACUGAAGUGACCAGCUGGCUCGAUGGGAAGCAUGUCGUUUUUGGAGAGGUCACCGAGGGCUUCGAGGUCGUCAAACAGAUUGAGGCCCUUGGCAGUCAGUCCGGCAAGCCCAAGACCGAGGUGACUGUUGAAGACUGUGGCGUCCUCGAAGACUCCGCAAAAUGA